UCUUGUCUUCGUCAAACUCAUGAAUGGGGGUUGGGACAUUCACAUUUAGGGUUGGGGAACUGAAACUUACCUUAACAACAGAAGCAGAUACGCAUAAACAAGACGCUAGCACAGUUCACGAUAUGAAUUGAUCGAUGUAAAUAUGCACGAUAAUUAUUAUAUUAAUAGUAAAGAUCAUUUCAAGAUCAUUUGACAAACAUGGUGCAAUUUGACGAAGUGAAUAAGAUUAUGGACGAGAUGAUGAAAGUGACGAUUUUCAAGUCAUCCGAGAAACGUCGAAUGGUAGAAGACGAGAAGAAAGCUUUUCCGGAUCCAAAUCUAAUUAUGGAUGCAAGGCAUCGAAUAUUUCGCGAAAAUUUCACCAGUUUUCAAACAAAGUCUUCUAUACUAGCAGAGGCCCGAAAAUUAUUAACCGAGGAAGAAAUGAAGGAAUUAAAACUGAAGAAAGAACAGGCUUUUAUAGAAAGGGAAUUACACAAAUUUGAGCAAAAUUUGCAAAAGUCUCGUCCUAAAUUUUGCGGACCAUGCAGCAGAAAAACUAUAGCUAGCUCAAAUGACGAAAACUUUUGGAGAACAUCUAGUAGAGCCGAGCGGGUCCUUAUUAAUAAAAGGAGAAGCAAAACGGCCGAGCAGAAAGUGAUGGUCGAAAAGAAAAUCAAACAGGCAUUCGCGGAAGUUGCCUCCAUUGAAUCGAAAGAUGCCAAGCAAUGUUCGAGUUUAAACAAGAUUGAAGGAGUAUCUUUCGGUAACAUCAAGGUGACUAUAAGGGAUAAAUCAAACUAUGAGGAGCAUCGAUUAAAUGUUUUGAGAUCAUGCUUCGAGGCUCUUCGUGAGAAUGCGCGGAAUAAACGACGUCUUCGCGAGAUCAAGAUCAAUAUUCAGAGCAUCGCAUCCCGAAGAAAUCUAAAAUCAUGCAUCCGCGUAUGGAGGAUGCAUGUAGAGAAGGCGAAGACUCGACGAGAACACGCGGCGGAAAAUUCCGAUGUCCGUAAGAUCGAGGUAUUCAUUGAUACUAUCACGGAAACGCAAAAGGAAAUGACGAAGUUCCAGAAAACAGAGUCCAAGAAAUUUCUUCCGAAUACGAGGGACGCCAAAGUUAGGAAGAAAACUCCUGCUAAGCCAUUCGUCAUCGAAUCGCCGGCACAGAAUCGACUGAACGCUCAGAAAGAGAUUAUCCACAAGCAGAGAAUGAGAUUGGCUGAGCAGAGCAAGAUCAUCGAAGAACUGAAGCUGAAACAGAUGCAAGAGGAAAUAAUGAAAGCUGGUGAAGAGACAAUGAAUGCAGCUAAGGAGACCCUGACGCAUUGUGGUCAGCAAACUAGGAGAACUUUGAUACAAUUAAUGAGACAAGCAGGCUACAGAGACAAGUCUUUAACUCCGCCGGUACGGGUGCCAAGUCCACCUAGAUUUCUAGUGAGGAUGGAGGCGCGGGCGGAAGCGAGGAAGAACAGAAUAAAAUUGCGUGAAGAAGCACGGCAGAAGAAACUAGAGGACGAGAGGAGGAAAGUAGAAGCCGCCAGGAGAGAGGAGGAGCAAGAGAGGAAAAGAUCGCAACAAGAGGCUUUGCGUGAAGCAAAAAGAAUGCGCGAGGAACGAGAACAACAACGAACGUGCGAAAUGGAAAGAUAUAGGAAACUGAAUGUCAUGGCAGAAGAAUUUUAUCGCAAGCAUUUGCUGCGACGAUACAUAAUGGAACCAUUCAUUGCACUCAUUGAAAUGAAGAAUAAUUAUAUAAACAAAGCUGAGGACCACUACAAACGGUGCUUACUGCAAAAAGCAUUCGUGAGAUGGAAAAUAGAAACAGAACGUCAAAGUCAAAUUAAAACAGAGUUAGCUAUAUCACUGUACAACAGAAAUUUAUUGUGGUACAUGUUACAAAAGUGGAAGGAAAUGGCGAGAGAGGAGAGACAAAAAAAGCAAGUGGCUAAAGACUUCUCCGACAUGAAAUUACAAAACAAAUGUUUCAAAUUGUGGAAGAUAAAAACUGUGGAAUAUAAAGCUGAGCGAUUGAGGACUGAACGUUUAGCUUUAGAACAUUACAAAGAAAAAUUGAAAACAAGAUACUUCAACAUGUGGAAAAGAUAUCCAAAAAUAGUGCCAGAUAUCCUGGAAAGUGAACGAAUAAAAAACACAUGGCGAGAAAUAGUGCAAGAAGUUGUUCCAGACUUCGACCCCAGACAAAGAGGUGUAAUAUUAGAAGACUAGCAAUGAAUUUAAAGAUAAUAUAGAUUUUUAAUACUGUAAGACAAUCGUUGGCCUCAUAUCUGAAUGAGGUAUAGAGAAUAGUCUUAUUCUUAAAUACACCUAAGAUAAAGCAUUUUAUACACAGAAUAAAAUGUAAAUUAUUACUCGUAAAUCAUUACUCUAUACAUUUGUAUUUAGAUCUUUCCUUUUUAUCAUAAUUUUUCUUUAAUUUUUCUUUUGGAUCAUAAUCGAUUAGUAUAAUUCAUUAUAUUAUUCAUACAAUGGCCACUUUAUCACAGUUACAAUAAAUAUACAUAUGCGCAUUCAUACAUUAAGAAUAAUGAUGAGUCUCAUGAGAAUUGGUGCUUCAUGAUAUGUCAGAAAUGAUCUUACAUAUACAACAGGAAUAUACAUAUUGUACUUCGCAUCAGUUAUGAAUUGUUGCAAAGAUGUAAAUAUUAGAAUAUAUUAAUAAAUAGAUGAAUUGUGCGAUU